AUGAACUCCACCACUCUCCCCACUCAAUCUCCCCCUCAAUUAGUGAGUUUGCUGAGAAACAGCUCAGCACUCGCAACCGUGUUGAUUCUAGCCAUUUUAAGCCCGAUAUUGGUCAGAUGGAUGGCUUCAGAUCGUGGAAUCCCAAAGAUCACAAGCUCAAAGUCUUGGUUUGCAAGCAGGCAGGACUUCGCUGCGCAUGGCGUCGAGAUCAUCGAGAAAGGUUUCAAACAGGCAAAGAGCGGCGUGUUUCGAGUCACAGCUUUGGAUGGGUCAGAUUUGGUGCUCUUGGCACCCGAACAUUGGUUGGCAAUAUGCAAGAAGAAGGAUGAAGAAGUUGCACCCGCUCGCAAAGAGUUCUUUCUCUGCGAUUUGCAUGGUGCUCCUUUCGAAGAGCCAUAUCUGUAUCGUUAUCUAGCUUCCCGGAUGCCAGGCUUUGGUAGGUGGAGGCGUCCAGGCAUGAGACAAGAUGAUGAGCUGACAAUGUGCUUUGAAUUGAAAGAUAAACACCUGGACGUCAUCUCCGAGGCUUUAGAUGAGGGAAUCGCGAGCGUUCUUAGUGAGGGCUUCGACUACUCUUACGGUGACAGCAGGCCUGUUAUCAUGCAGCCGCAAAUCUUACACGUCUAUUCCCAUGUAAUAUGGCGAGUCAUCCUUAGCAACAACUUCAAUCCCGAGGUGGUGGAUAUCUUUGAAAGCUAUUCAGCAACACUCAUUCCCGUCAUGAAAGCUCUCAAGGCUCAGCGACCCAUCAUAGCUCGGAUCACCGCAGCGUUUUCAAGUGACGUUCGUAAGGUCAAUGCUCAGCUGGAGAGGGCGACCGCCUUUUUCACCCCUCUCUUCGAGCAGUGUGCCCAAGCCUUGGAGCAAGGCUUGGACAUGAGUUCAGUCAACAACGAUUGGCUAGAAGAAUUGGUUCGCAUGGCACCCGAAGAAAAAAGGCGUGACUACAAAUAUCUCACCAACGUCUUGAUUGGCUUUGCUUUUACCUUCGUCUUUUCUCCGGGACCGUCGACGACGCAGAUUGUGUAUGAGUUUGCGUUCCGUCCUGACUACACUAAACUUGUGCUCGAGGAGGCAAACCAAGUUUUGGGAGAACAGGUGGAUAUCUGGCACUUUACACGGGAUAGUCUCCGGAGGCUGUCGUUGCUGGACAGCUUUUGCAAAGAGACACACAAACACCACCCGACGGCUGCAUCCAACCUGAUGAAAAAGAUUCAUAAGACGCAAACGCUUCCGAAUGGAGUUGUUCUUCCUGCGGGGACAAUUUUCGAAGUUGUCAUGACGGCAGCACAUUUGUCCAACCCAGGUUUCGACAGCCCGGCCAAAUGGAACGGGCGGCGAUACCACGAGCUGCGGCAACAGAUGUCUAAUGGUAUUGGCGCCAAUAAGUAUGACUGGGGCACAGCAACCAGAGACGAUGUCAACUUUGGUUAUGCCUCCCACAUGUGCCCUGGCCGAUGGGCUGGAUGCUCCAUUGCAAAAAUGUUUCUCAUCAAACUCCUGGCUAAAUACGAAAUUCGGCCAGAAGAUGGGGCGAGUGAAAGAUAUCAAGAUUUCCACUCAGGUCAAUAUAUUCUGCCAAACCCAACGAAACAUAUCCUAGUACGACCCAGGAAGUGA